AUGGAGGAGGCCUAUAGGAGUGCAUCCAGAUUACCGGGAAUAUCUCAUGUAAUACCGGGAGAUCUGGUUGGGCAUAUGCGCAUUCUAGGCAUCUUUGAAAAGGAUCCUAGUAUUGCAAUAUCUGACCAUACGUCACCAACUCUGGUGUUGAAUAGGGAGUUUAGGUUCCUUAUACCUGAAAGGGACGAGUGGUUAAACCAAACAUGGUGUCAAAAUAAUGCCGAUCAAGUAUGGUUUACUGAUGGUUCCAAACAGGCAAAUGGUGACACUGGGGCUGGUAUCUAUGGUCCCAAUUUUCAAAGGGGUAUCCCAAUGGGAACAUUCCCAUCAAUAUUUCAGACGGAGAUUUACGCCAUCCUUAUAUGCUCCAAUGUGUACUUAAGAAGGAGACUAAGGGAUAAUAUAAUAUUUGUUAUGUCUGAUAGUCAGGCUGCUCUUAGAGCAUUAUCAUCAUAUGAAGUGAGGUCUGGUGUGGUCAUGGACUGCUUGACAUCCUUGAAUGAACUCGGCACACACAAUGAACUUAUACUGUGCUGGGUACCUGGCCAUGAAGGUCACGCUGGCAAUGAACGUGCUGAUUGUCUUGCCAACAGGGGCGCUCGACGCUCGUUUAUAGGUCCUGAACCGUUCUUUGGCAUCCCACGUGGAUACACUAUGGAACGUAUUCGUUAUUGGGUUGAAUCGGAAUUUGCCCGUUUUUGGGGUAAUCUACCAGGUCUAAGAUAA